UAAAAGGGAGAAUCUUAAAAAAAAACGUUGGCGUCUGUCAUAAUUUCAAAAAUAUGACGGUUGCGAUUACGAUUCAAACUUAGUUCGCUGUUUACGAAAUAAAAUUGUGACCUAUUUUAUUAAUUAAACGUUUUGAAUUGUCCUUCUUUGACUAGCAAUUGUAGCCGUUAUCGUUUAAGGAAUUUACUUUUGUAUUGUGAAACCGUAUAGAGUGGUUGUGUUGAUAUUGAUGAGAAAGUGUCUUGUUGAAUAGAUAUGGUUCGAAUAGAUAAAAUGACCAACCCUGGUAGAGACAAAAGACCCCCAGGUCCAGUAGCACCUUCAAAAUGUGGAUCUACUCAGAAUAUGGCUGCGAAUAUAAAAGUUGUUGUGAGAGUUCGUCCGCUUAACGAUCGCGAGUUGCAACAGAAUAGUCGCGUAGUUGUAGAUGUUGUUGACGAUAAAAUGCUUGUUUUUGACCCAAAAGAGGAGAUCAGGCCGUUUUUCUAUCAAGGAGUACAGCAGCCCAACAAGAAUUUUUUGAAACGCGCUAAUAAAGAAUUGAAAUUUGUCUUCGAUAAUGUUUGUGGUCAAAGUGCUACUAAUAAUGAUGUCUUUGAGACCACUACUAAGGAUAUUCUCACCGCAUUAAUGGAGGGGUAUAACUGCUCCGUAUUUGUGUAUGGAGCUACAGGCGCUGGUAAAACAUUCACAAUGAUAGGGAAUGCAGAACACCCAGGUAUCACAUACCUCACCAUGGAACAUCUUUUCUACACAAUAAAUUCAUAUGAGAAAGAAAGAGAAUUUGAUAUUGGUGUCUCUUAUAUUGAGGUUUACAAUGAGAAUGUUUAUGAUUUACUUAAACCUUCUAACACUCCACUUCAACUCCGAGAAGAUGCUAAGUAUGGAGUUAUGGUGGCAGGGUUAACUCUGAACAAUAUCAAAACUGCUCGGGAGCUUCUAAACAUGUUGGAGAAUGGUAACAAGAACAGGACACAGCAUCCAACCGAUGCAAAUGCUGAAAGCUCUAGGAGUCAUGCUGUGUUCCAGGUAUAUGUAAAGAUGCGGUACAAGACAAGCAGCCAGCUUCGUUUAGUGAAGUUAUCAAUGAUUGAUUUAGCGGGCAGUGAGAGAGCAUCAGCCACAGGUUGCGUGGGUGAACGUUUCAAGGAAGGUGCUAAUAUCAAUAAGAGCUUGCUGUCACUUGGCAACUGUAUCAACAAGCUUGCUGAUGGAAGCAGUUAUAUACCUUACAGAGAUUCCAAACUUACCCGCCUUUUAAAAGACAGCCUUGGUGGCAAUUGUAAAACUGUGAUGAUUGCUAAUGUAUCACCAGCUCAUAUUAGCUAUGAAGAUACAUACAACACUCUUAAGUAUGCUGCUAGAGCAAACAAGAUACAACUUAGCAUUAAGAAGAACAUAGUGGAUGGUGAUAUGAGACUUUCACAGUAUGUGCAGAUCAAUGAGGAAUUGAAGAAGAAGGUGAAGGAAUUGGAAGCUAAAUUGACUCUAUCGAGUGUUCGUGUUGUAUCUAAGGAACCUGAUUUGGCUAAGGAAAAAGCGAUACAAGAAUGGCGGCGUCGUAUAUUGGAGUUAGACGAUGCUCAUGGAGCACUGGAAGCAGACCUUCUCAGCCUGAUGUUGAGACAACGUGUGCUGGCUCUGCGACAUCGUUUGAGAACGCGCGCCUUCAGUCGCGUCGCCGAUCUAGCGCACCGAUCCUCCUGCGAGGCUAUGGAACAAAUGUGUACCGAAGAUAUACCGCGGCAAGAGAGAGCAGCAGAAAGCUACAUAAAACAGUCAUCCCAUCUCGACUCUAAGGUCAUGACAGUAUGGACAAGAUGGAAUGACAGUCGGAAGAAUUUCCAAGCCAUAUGCGAACAAGCACUCAUACAGUAUCCAGAACUAACUGACUUAGUAGAAAAGAUACAUCUGAACAGUGAACUACGCCACCUUAAGGCCAGAGAUGAACUGAGAUACAAACUGCUUGUUAUCGAAAAUGAAGAGAUAAAUGCAUUCACAGAAUACAUGAGCGAUAUGCCUAGUAUGCUCAAAAAAUUGUAUCUGACACUGAAAGGAUACGACAAAGCAACACCCGCUCUCACAACAGAAUACUUAGAGAUUAUGAAGAAAGCAAAAUCUGCUAAAGGCAUCUCUUGGUCGGAUAAAGACAUGGAAUGCGACACACACUUUAAAUUUGUUUCUAACUUGGAUUUGGACAAACCCACAUCGACCAUAGACUUCGUGACUAAAAAGGACUUCAAUUCAACCAUUGACAUUGUGACUGACAGCGACUGCCAAAGUGACAUUGAAAAUAGGGAACCCAUGCGUUUAUGCGGCAAUAAGCGCAAGGGUACGCCUAUUAAAUUGAAGAAUAACGAAACUAUAAUAAUUAAUGAUUCCUUAGAAAGUUUAGACACUUCAAAGAACCAGAAUUCAGCAAAGAAAAUAAAAAAAGAGUUUAAUAUUGCACCUGAGGUUGAAAAUUACGGUGCGUUUGAUCUUAAAGAUAUGAAUUCGACGUUCGUUUUGGCGGGAAAAGUGGAAGCUACAAAGAAACCGGCCAUCAAACAAGAGGUGACGAAAGAGCUGCCAAAGAGAGGACUCAUUGACCGGACUAACAUUAUACAGAGGACAAUAAGUUUCAAUGACAAAGCCAAGGUUGUAAAACCUGUGGUAGGUAAGGCGUUGCCGUUCAGAAGGCCCACGCCCGGCUUCGGUUCCAGUUUAUCACGGGACGGCACUCCGAUGCAGAGGAGCGUGCAAGACUCGGCUCGUACGAAGGCGAAUUUGACUCAAAAAGCAGUCGGUUAUAAAGCAGUGAGGGCGCGGGAACGGCCACAAAACCACCCCUACUCGAGACCACCUAUUGCUGCCAGGAAGUGAUCGUCGGCGAGCCCGGAAGCUUAGUGAAUAUGAGAAAUGGACAUCUACAACUUAUGGUGAAGGUGAGUGAAUCCAGUGAUAAUUCAUCCAAUCGCAGCGCGGCUGUCGCGCAAAAGCAGUGCUCUGAAAGGACGAUUUAAUACGACUCAUCGUGUAUCGCAGAUCGGACCUCAACUUAUGAAUUUAAGGAAAAUGAAAGUGGCGUUUCUAUAGAAACCGAAUUGCUGUGUUUUUUUUAUUUCACUCCUUUGUAAAGUAUUUGUAAAGCGAAAAGAUUUAGUCAGUAGAUAAAGUAUAAUAUUAUCUUUCCUUUUUCUAUUAAACUGUAAAACAGCAUGCGGGCUUUAAUUGUUACAAUUUCAGUUUAAAGAUAUUACAUGAAGCGAAAACAGAGUGCCCACUGUGUGUUACGUACCACUGCAGUCAAAUAUGCCUUAAAAAUGCCACUGAAACAAAUCGAGGAUUAUAUUUAUGUUUUGAGAGUUUUUCGGUAUACAAAAUUUGUAAAGUAAGUUCACAGUGUGCUUUGCAGUUACGAAAAUCAGAGGUCCAAGUUCGAAAUUUGACAGAUCUGUAUCGUCAUCGUCAAAUUUUGUAUGGAAGGAGGCAGUUUGUUCUUACGUCCGGUAGGGGCGCUGCUUAGCUUUCAUAGAAACUUUAACGAUGCGAUACGUUUGCAGAGUUGUCAAAGUUCGUGCUUGGGCCUCAGAACUACUAGAUACUACUAACGGCGUAAAUUAACUGAACAGAUGGAAAAAAAUGGCUAGGCACAUUUUAAUGUGUUGUAAAUAUAAAUUUUAGGGUAAAGUUUACAUAGUUCAUGCAAAUUAUUUGAUAUUGUGAAAGUAAAAGUGUUUUUUACUUACACUAUAUCAUUGGAAAUUUUGAGUUUAUUGUGUAAGCUUUACGCCAAGAUAUUUAUUUGAUAAUAUUAAUGUAGUAAAAUAUAUCAGCAAAAGAAUGAAUUUUUGCUUGAUUAAUAUUUUACUAUACACAGGCAACACUAAAAAAAAAAAACAAUUUUAAUACAAUAAUUAAUGUGAGUCACACCUGUCAAAAUAUAGUAUAGACCGCAGUGUAUAAUUUAAUUCCUAUUGUGUUUCAUUCUGGACUCGUUUGUUUUGUAUACUCACUAAAUUAAAGAUAAAAUAAUGAAACUAAAUAUUGAUUUGUAUGAAUUAAUAAAACAGUACAUAUUACAAAAAAAAAACUAAAAACUAAAAAAAAAUUUGUAUCAUGUGUUAGUUUGUAGAACGUGUUACUUUAAAUUUAUAUUUAAAUCUAAAUCUUGUUGAAGAGAAGAAUAAACUAUAAUGAUAUUGAAAAAUAAUUGAUGAAUAUGCAUUCGGACUGUGUUCAAACUGGAUCUGAUAUUUCAAUUAAUAAUGCUUAUAUUUUUUUAUCUUCUAGUUAAAGUUUGUGUUUAGCUUGUAUUGAUAGAUUUACGAUUUAAGCAUUACCCUAUUGACCUUAUUAUUGUACUAUCUUUUGAGUGUCAAACGUUCACAAUGUACUAAUGCAACAAUGUAGUAGCAUAAAAUCUCUCAACAAAGUUGCUGGUGUUCCUGAGAUCAGUUAAUCUACUAUAAGGCUAUGAUGUUGGUGAUCCGAGUUUUCGUAACUGUGAAGCUUCCAGCUCGAGUAAUACUUAAUAGACCGAGAGUUAGAAAUAGAUUCUCUAGUAUUUUCCUGAACAUUAUUCUAUAUUAAAUUUUCGACAGAUUUGUAAUCCAGAUUUAAUGUUAUUAGGAAGUAAGGAAACCUGAAAUACUCUGAGGCAUACGUUUUUCAUGUAUUUCACAUCUGCUUCAGUGUUUUAAUUUUGUUUGAAAACAGUUUUUAAACAUAUGUAAAAAUAACGAAAACAUUUAUCAGAAUCUAUGUAAAAAAAUAAAAUAAUAUAAAUUGCUUGGCAUUUAAAAAUGAAUAAAUAUAAUAACUGUGGCUGUCUGUACACUUCCAAAUAAAAAUAUACAGUUUUGCGUUUGAAAAUAAUUUUGAGUUUCAAAUGUGUUUUUUUUAAUAAAUUGUGUAGAAAAUAAAAGGCAGGUACUGUGUUUGAAUAGUAUACCGCUUUCAUAAAGUAUUUAGGCAAUAUAAUUAUUUAAAAAAGACUAGUGUUAUAAUUUCUUCGUACAAUUAAUAACAGGUCACUUUGUUCGAAAUUGUAUUUUUUCCAAACGAAUUUGAGCUAAUUGUCUUAAUUGAAACAUAAUUGAAAAAAAAGCUUUUGUUGAGAAAUCUUGAUUUGUCGUUGAAUGUAAAUUCUACAAGUUGUAAAUCCAUUGU